CGCAAACUACAUCACAGAGAGGCGCCCAUCACUCGCUACGAGGCACUCACUGGCACUGGACUGGCACUCCUGUUCCUGUGAUCCUGUCAGGCACGAACUCUCUGGCGGCCCGAGCCCACCGCCUGCGGUCUUCUCCCGCUUUGAUUGGUGGCGCUGUCCUGUCCCGUCCUGUCCUGCUUCACGAAGUUCAAGUUGCGAUCGACGACGGAGUCCGAGAGGGGGAGAACAAACACUUACUCACUCACACCCUUCCUCUGCUUGUUCAUGAGGACUCAGGAACGCUGCAAAUAACAUCCACCAGCCCGUCCGGCUUCACGCGGCCGUCACCGCAACAUAGCGGAAGGAGUCAGCGACCAGCUCAGUCAGAUCUUGGCGGUCGUAUCGUCCCAUCAAUAAUAACCGCAGCUCCACAACAACAACAAGUUGUUUCAAGGGUGGGAAGUGGGACUCCGACGCGCUGCUUACACUAACUGCGUCGCUGCCUGCCUCUUCCCUGGCUCACUGCCUUGCCCAUCUUCGGGAUAAUACAACAGCCUCAGCAGGCUACACCCGCUGCCUCGACUGCCAUCCCGGCCGUCUGUUCACCCAGGACUACAUCACCCGGCCCCACUGCCAUGGAUUCUGCACGUUACCAAGUCGACCCCUUUGAGCAGCGCGCUUCGAGCUGCGAGAUCUCUACUACUGAGUACCACGGAGCCGGAGGACUGGACGACUCGGCGUCUGCCCUUCGCGUGGAACACAAUCGCUUCCAAGACGCACAACUGACCGACACUCGCACGAGCCCGUCUGCACCUGUACGAGAAGGCCUCGGAUCCCGACUCCUGACCACUCUGUCGAACGCCCAGCCUGCAGCUGCAGCUUUGUCGCGUUCUGGCAGCGUUCUACACUCUCGGGCGAAGUCGUGGGCUGCAGCAUACAACAACGCAGUGCCCGAACGAUCGCCGUCGCCGACGAAGAACAAGUUCAUUGAUAACCUGUUCUCGGGAGAGUCGGGCCGAGUGCGGUUGGGCGUGCCCACGUCGCCAAUCAAAGAGCUGCCAGAGACGGAAUUCGUGAUGGAGUAUCGACCUGGCUUCACGGAACGGCCUGUACGACCACGGUUGCGACAGCAGCCAACCACCACAACCGUGAAUACUGCUACGUCAAGCACGGGGAGAAAGACAUCAUGGUUCACACGCAAAUCAACGACUCCGACGAUCAAGGUUGAGGACGACAUGCUCAACGUCAACAUCAAGACAGCGCUGUUUCCACAUGGUGUCGAUGACCCCAUCUCGCCGCAGACCUUCAACGACUUGCUCCUCAACGCGACCAGUCUCAUCGAACGAUUGCAGGCUGCAUACAAGGAAAAGGUUGACUACUUGGCAAGCAUACAACCCGAAAUUGAUGCACAGAAAGAGGAAGUCGAGGAAGCCAAGACGAGAUCAGAACACUUGAAAAUGCAGCUCGAGGACACGGCACGAAUCGCACAGGAACAGCGCACCGUCAAUGAGGAGCUCAUGGUCAAGUUCACUGAGGAGAAGAUGAAGCUGAUUCAGCUACAAGAAGAACGCGCACAGACAGUCCGACUGGUACCUCGCGAGGACGAAACUUGCGAAUCUGACGAUCAUCUGGAUCCUCCACGAAUACACAAGCGCAGUUCCCGAGGCAGCGCCUCUGAUUCCGGCUUCGAAUCCGACGCCGAUACCAACUCUAUCCUCAGCAGCGGAAUGCAAACCCCCCAAUCGAACCAUCAUCAUCAUCCGAGAAUAGGAUCGAGUUUGGAGCAUCGCAUCGACCCGAGAUAUGUGCCGUCGAGAGGCAGUGUGCUUUCGCAACAAUCGACGGCCUUUUCGAGAAACGAAGGUGUAGCGUGGGCGACAGUGGAGAAGCUCCGAAAUGAGAAUGCCGAUCUCAAGAUGCAAUUAGUCGAUUUGCAGAGAGGGUAUGAUGGGGUGUUGGAGUUUGUCGAUGGAUUGAGCAAUAAAUAAAGCUCCAUCUAUUUUUAUUUAUUCUUAUUCUUAUUCUUUUUGAGGAAAAAAAACUAUAGAGAGGCGCUGCGCUUCUUCCUCUUCUUCCGGAUCUUCUUCCGGAUCUUCUUGCGCGCACACAUGUCAUCACUGUUCAAUACCCAACCCAAUAUCAAAUGCGAUAUAUAGCAAGUAACCUUGGAAUCGAUGGUUUUCUUCCUGCCAUUUACACCAAAAAGAGAAUGUUGUCUACCUUACCUAGACCUAGGUAUUUGC